UCUCCAAGGAAGACUGCUCAGCAGCUUCAAAACUUGAGUGGUAGAACAGUGUCCAAGACAGAUAGCCAAGUUUGUUGUUUGCUUCUGAGUCAACCAUGACUUGUGGGUAGGCAUGUCAACAAAUAUCAUCCAUGCUUUGAAGAAACAAGAGGAGGUCUCUUUGUAGAGCCCUGAAGUUCUCCUUGAAGCACCUCAGGAAGAUCCUUGAGAUCAGACAGUGCAUUUAAGAAUAAACCCUUGAAACUGAAGUAUGAGUUGGUCAAGACGGCUCACCAGCAGAACUCUGUCAACAUCAUUUGUUGCAAUGCAGGAUACUUUUUCACUCAGAAGUGUUAAAUCUAACAGCCAACUUCAUCAGUUGAUGAAGAUAUAAUAUAAAAUGUCUAAUGGUUAUGAAGAUCACAUGGCUGAAGAUUGCAGGGAUGAUAUUGGUAGAACAAAUUUAAUUGUGAACUACCUCCCUCAGAACAUGACGCAAGAUGAGUUACGGAGUCUAUUUAGCAGUAUUGGCGAAGUUGAAUCUGCAAAACUUAUUCGGGACAAAGUUGCAGGACACAGCUUAGGCUAUGGCUUUGUGAACUAUGUGACUGCAAAAGAUGCUGAAAGAGCAAUAAAUACACUGAAUGGUCUCAGACUCCAGUCAAAAACCAUCAAGGUUUCCUAUGCUCGUCCAAGUUCUGAAGUUAUUAAAGAUGCUAACUUAUACAUUAGUGGACUACCGAGGUCAAUGACGCAGAAAGAUGUAGAAGAUAUGUUUUCACGUUUUGGACGCAUUAUCAACUCACGUGUGCUUGUGGAUCAAACUACAGGUUUGUCCAGAGGGGUCGCAUUUAUCCGGUUUGACAAAAGGUCAGAAGCAGAAGAGGCAAUCACAAAUUUCAAUGGUCACAAACCCCCAGGUUCCUCCGAACCCAUUACAGUGAAGUUUGCAGCCAAUCCUAACCAGAACAAAAAUGUGGCACUGUUAUCGCAGCUGUGUCAUUCACCAGCUAGACGAUUUGGAGGGCCAGUUCAUCACCAGGCGCAAAGAUUCAGGUUCUCUCCUAUGGGUGUAGAUCACAUGAGUGGGCUUUCUGGUGUAAAUGUUCCAGGAAACGCAUCUUCUGGCUGGUGUAUCUUCAUCUACAACCUUGGUCAAGAUGCUGAUGAGGGAAUCCUCUGGCAGAUGUUUGGCCCCUUUGGUGCGGUUACCAAUGUGAAAGUUAUUCGAGAUUUCAACACCAACAAGUGCAAAGGUUUUGGUUUUGUGACCAUGACAAACUAUGAAGAAGCUGCAAUGGCCAUAGCAAGUCUUAAUGGCUACCGCCUGGGGGACAAAAUCUUACAGGUUUCCUUCAAAACCAACAAGUCCCACAAAUAACUUGCUCGUGCUUUUUGUAUGGAAUAGAUAAUUGAGUGACAGAAGUUGAAACAUUUUUGUUAGUGUAAAACUCAUUUUGCGCCAAUUUUCACAAGUGUUUGUCUUAGUCUAAAUGAGAAGUGAAAAAGGUUUUAUAUUCUGGGAUGCAACUGACAUGUUCAAAUGUUUGAAAUCCCACAAUGUUAGACCAAUUUUAAGUUCCUUUAAGUUAUUUCAUUUAAAACAUAUUAAAAAUCCCCUGAAAUCUUAAGUAGAUUGCAUUAACUAGACCCUCUGGAUGGUGGUAAAAUUGAAGCAUGCUUUCACUUAUGAGACUAACAUUUGUUCCAUUGAAUGUUGUCUGCAAAAACUGGAAUUUUUUAAAACUAUCAGGCUGAAUCCAUUAGUUUUCUUGUUUGUUUUAUGUUGUUGUUUUUCCUACCCUUUCCCUUGACCUUCUCCUCUACCCCAGACUCAAUAGUAUGGAAGAAAAGUUGAGAAAUACUAAUGUUUUAGUUGAGAGUAAAAUGCCUUAUCAAUUAAUAUCCAUUGCUACAUAAUAGUUGAGGAUUAGGCUUUAUAAAGUCAAGGUCUUGUAAGUAGUAGCAUGCCAGCAUAACUUUUAACACCAUUGAUGAGGUAAGUUGCACGCUGAACAGUGGCCAAGUUGUCAAAUUAAAAGGUUUUAGAAACAUUACUUUUAAAGCCCACUUUGUAAUAGGAAUGGACCAAAGAGUUUCAAAGAAACUCCGGGAAGAUUUCAGAGUCAAAAUGAAACUCCAAAAAAGUGUGAAUAUAUGUUGCUACUUUAUCAAACUGAAUCUCUUCUGUCCAAAUAUUUAAUGCAUGGUGCACUACUUACUGGUACAUUAUAAUGCAGCAAGAUACUUACUCAUUUUCAAAGAUCAUUAUAGUUUGAAUUCCUUUGGUAGUUCUAUUUUGUAAAGAAAAAAAAGUUAUAAACAUUUGAGCAUUGUAUUUCUCGCAUCCCUUCUAAUGAGUGCUAGAUUUUUCUAUUUUAAUAGGAUUUUGUUUUGACAACUAGCUUUACUUAUUGAACACUCAGCAGAAAAGUACUUACUUCUUGCAAGUUAGAUAUUAACAAAAAACCUUUGAUUUGUAGAUUUAAAGAUUAAUCCCCCAAGUUUUCUGCAGACUGCCUUGAAACUUUGAGUUGUUCUGUUUCUGUUAAUUUUCUUUUGCUUUUUUGUGUUUUUUGUUUGUUUUUACUUUUGCAUUUAAGAACAUUAAAUUUGAUUUUGUUUUGC